AUGGACGACCAUGACAUGGACUCUCCGCCCGCCAGCCGUGCCAGAGGCCGCAUCUCACCCCCUUCCUCUCGCCACGCCAGGGGGCGUCGGGCGGGCGGCCAGGGGAGCUCGGCCGCUCGCGGCUCGUCAAGCCCUCACUACGCCUAUUCAGACGACGAGAGCGGCCAAGGCGAGAUGGCCGUCGACGAUGACAUAGACGAGCUACUCUCGCCCGACCCCCGCGCGGCUGACGAUCGCGGAGACGAUCGCGUUGAUGAUCGCGUUGAUGACGAUGAUGACGAGGAGGGUGGCGAUACCGGCAAGACUGAGGGACAGCGCGAGUGCCUGUGGGAAGGAUGCAACGAGAUGCUCGAGGACCAGGCAGAGCUUGUCAAGCAUGUCCAGGAGGCACACAUUGGGGCGGGACGGCAGCCAUACGCGUGUCUCUGGGCCACAUGCUCUCGACUCGGACAGCGGCAGGCUAGCCGGCACGCACUGCUCACGCACAUGCGUUCACACACUGGCGAGAAGCCGUAUGCUUGUCCUGAGCCUGGCUGUGGACGGACGUUUACUCGCUCCGACGCGAUGAACAAGCAUGUCAAGUCGAUCCACGCUCCAGGUGCACGUCCGAGACGGCGUGAGGAGGUGGUGAUCGACGCUGAGGAGCCGAAGACUGCGGACCGCGACUUGGCCAAGGACGACGAUCUGGCAGAGGUGAUUGUACGCCUGCGUUCCCGCGACCGCAUCCACUACAAGGCCGAAAACGCGGAAGAAGAGGCCUCGGUGCGGUACAUGCGCGAAACGCGGCCUGGAGGGGCACCGGCGCGCAACAGGCGUGGACGCAAGAACGCGGCGUCGGACAGCGACGAGUUUGACGAGGGCGCUGGCAAAAAGUAUCCCAACAAGCGCAAGGUUGACGGAUACCUGAUUGACCAGGGCGACAACGAGGUGCCUCUCAUGAGCCGGUCACGGUGGCAGGCGAAAUACGUCAUGGCCAAGGCCAAGCUCAUGCUCGUCGACGAGGAGAACAAGAUGCGCCGCGAAGAGCUGCUCUAUUGGGAAGAGGAGGAGAAGCGCAUGAUGGCCCAGUUAGGACUUGGCAGCACGUUCCGUCCCAUCCAGAUUCCUGAUUCGCCUGAGCCCGAGCCGCACCAUCGCGAGCCUCGCGAGACCCGAGAGACUCGCACAGAACGCUGGUCGGCGGCCCACCGCCCGCCAGACUCGCGCCGCAGUCGUGGCGGCCACAGCUCGCCUGAGCCACGCAGAAGGACGAGCGGGCGGCGCAGUGCCAAGCACGAGCCUGCGACUCUGGACGAUGAGCUGUAUGAGGCGGCGAUGGGAUAA